UGGCCGCCAAAACCCCUCGACUUUAAAUACCCCAUGGCCCCGGACUCUUCUCUCCUCACACUCCAAGCUCACAUCACAUAAUAACCGAGCUCACCAAGAACACCGAGAAACCAGCAGAUAGCCAUGGGGUGGUGGGGGCUGAAAACUACCAAGCAGCAGGACCAUGCGCACCAAGAGAGCAAGAGCGGCAAGGGCAAGGCGGCCUUCUCGCCGCUCACAUGGUUCUCCAAGCUCACGGCUAAGCACAAUGCCGCUGCUUCCUCUAAGCUCAAGCACGGCGCGCCUGAGCCCAAGAGCUCCGGCGGCGGCGGCUUCCACGAGCGCGCGACCCCGGGCCCGGCACCGCAGAGCAAUCCGGCAGAUGCCUUCUCACCCACGGCCGCGGCCGCUGAUAUCGUGCCGCGUCGCCUCUCGGUCGGCAACGACGACGCCGAGGCUGAGGCCACGGCCGCGCGCCAGCUCUACCGCCGACGCCACUACUCCGUCGGCGGUGAUCGGGAUCUCCCUCCGCUCAGGCACCUCAUCGCGUUCUCCCGCGCCGCCUCCCCGCCGCAGCCUGCGCCGACCCCGGUGCUGACGGCAAUGCCGCCGCUACCAUCCGACGCGGACGAAGAGAAGCUGCCUCCGAGGCGCCAGCGCCGUCGCCGAGGAACCGGGCGGCGAUCUUUCUCCGGAAGGACUGCGCCGGGCGCGAGGCUGGCAGCGGUCCGCGUCCGGUCGCCACGGUGCGCCGUGGCAGCCGUGUCGGGGCUCGAGAGGUUCGCGGUGGUGCGGCGGACGAGCGACCCGCAGCGGGAAUUCCGCGACUCGAUGGUGGAGAUGAUCGCGAGCAAGCGCAUCGGGCGGCCGGAGGAGCUGGAGACGCUCUUGGCGUGCUACCUCUCGCUCAACGCCGACGAGCACCACGAUUGCAUCGUUAAGGUGUUUCGCCAGGUCUGGUUUGAGCUCAACCCCGCCCGCGUGGCCACCGUCACCGGCCAGGCUCGUAGCUGAACUUCCUUUGUCGGGCAGCCGCCCGGCUCGUCCAUGUAACAUGUGCCGGUGGUUCAUAAUUGGCGAAGUACGGCGAUCUUUUUCA